AUGCCUCCUGUUCACGAAAUGUGCGACUCGCCUGUGCAGCAGGAUAUUCGUUACGACCGACAAAUUCGACUUUGGGGCGACCACGGGCAAACAGCACUAGAAAACGCUCACGUGCUCGUCUGUGGAGUGACUACUACUUCCUGCGAAACAGUCAAGAGCCUGAUCCUUCCUGGCGUCGGCAAGAUCACGCUGAUCGAUCACAAAGUCGUGGAGAAAGAAGACAUCUCGUCCAACUUCUUUCUCACCAAAGCCGAUCUGGGAAGGAAUCGUGCUGAAGCCGUUCUUUCGAAUAUUUCCGAACUCAAUCCGUCCGUGAAGGUCUCCUACGACGAUAGAAACGUUGCUGACGUCCUUGCUUCUGGCGACGAGUUUUUCAAAAAGUUCACUGUCGUUUUGGUCUCCAAGAUUGACCGAAAAGUCCGUCGAAAGAUUGAAAAGCUGCUCUAUCCGCUGACAAUUCCUGUUGUCCUCGUCGAAAGCACAGGAAUGUUUGGAAGAAUUCGCCUUCUCUUCAAAGAACACUUCGUCCUUGAAGCUAGAAAUGAGCACCAGGUUCCUGAUUUGCGCCUCGACAAUCCUUUUCCUGAGCUGGGAGAAUACCUGCAGAGUUUCGAUCUUGAAAAGAUAGACGAUUGCGAUCACAAGCAUGUUCCGAUGAUUGUCCCUCUCUUCCUUGCGCUAGAAGAAUGGCGAAACGAAAACGAUCGACGGAUGCCCGACUACAAAGGGAAGAAAGCAAUCAGAGAGAAAAUCAAUCGGAUUCGACGAAGCCCCGACGAGGAGAACUUUGACGAAGCAAUCGCCGCUGUCAACAGCAUGAUUUACGAAAGACGAGUUCCUACGGAAAUCGGGGAUUUUUGCUGCGAAGUGUUGAAGAACAAAAGCUUGACUCCAGAUACGCCAAUUCACUGGGUCAUGUUCAAAGCCUUGCACGACUUUAUCAAUAAGACGAAUAAACUGCCUCAAGAUCCAACGAUUCCAGACAUGUUCUCGGACUCGAAAUCCUUCGUCCGCCUGGCCAAACUUUACCGAGACAAAGCUCAAGAAGACGUAGAACUCUUUAAAAAGUUCUUACAGCAUCAUUGCUCCUCAAUAGGCAUCCCUUCGCCGGAUGAAAAGUUUAUCACGAGAUUCUGCAGCAAUGCUCGGGGUUUACGAGUCAUGUUCUGCGAUUUGGAUGGUUUUGAAAAUACGGAUCCUGAGUUGCCUACCAAGUUGCCUGAGCUUUUGCAGUCAAACGAAGACAAUCUUCAUGCGUUCCUCUGUUUCGAAGCAGCGCUUGAUUUUGAGCAGCAGUUUUCCAGACAUCCAGGCACAGAUUACGAGCAAAUGCUUGACGGGCAAUAUAAGGACGCCGAUCGGCUGAACUUCUUCUCCAGCAAAAUCACGAAAGCUCUAGACUCGUCGUUCCAGCUCAAAGAAGACUACAUCGACGAAUUCUUGCGCAUCUGUGGACUAGAGUUGAACUCAAUCGCGACCUAUACGGGUGGACUGGCGGCGCAAGAAACAAUAAAGCUCAUUACGCGCCAAUUCAUCCCAAUUGAAAACACAGCGAUCUACAACGGAAUUACCGAAGAGCUCCAGACCUUCGUAUUGUAA